AUUUUUCUUGGUCUAGGUUUGUUAGUGGGUUUUGUUGUGCCAAGUGCUAUAAGUAAGAAGGUAACAUUAGUCAUUUAUAUAACACAAACUUCUCAAGUCCUCUUUUAACUCUCAUCUAUCAUCUAUCUCUCAAGAAUACAGCGAUGGAGUUCUUCACUCUCUCAUCCGUCCUCCUUCUCCUCUUUUUCUCCUUCACUAAUCCCAUUCUCUCGCUCUCUGAUGAGCCAUUCAUCUCUUCUGUUCUUCAUGAUGAAGAAAGCUGCCCUUACACUGUGAUUGUCACCACAAGCUGUCUCUCUCCUGAUUGGUCAAGGGAUCAGAUCACUGUUGCUUUGGGUGACGCCAACGGUAACAAGGUGGUUGCACCGAGACUAGACGAACCGUUAACUGGAGGAGGAGGUUUCGAGAAAUGUUCAUCGGACACAUUCCAAGUCAAAGGCCAAUGUCUCGACACUAUCUGCUCCGUCUACAUCUACCGUUCGGGUCCGGACGGUUGGAUCCCGGAGAGCAUCGAGAUCUACAAGGAAGGUUCUAAAUCCGCAAAGUUCGAUUUCAACAGAAACGUCCCUGAAAACAUUUGGUACGGUCACAACCUCUGCAAUAACACUGACUUGCCACCGCCUUCACCGGAUUUCCCUCCAUUUUCUCCCACUGUUCCACCACCCUCGCCGCCUUAUUUUCCUCCCGACACACCUUCCAUCCCCCCGCCACGGCCACCACCCCCACCUCCCUCUGCUGCGGUUGCCAUUGGCGAAAGUUUGAUUGUUGCCUUUGCUGCGAUUGUGUUUGCGUUUGCGGCUAUGGUGGUCUGAGCUAUUAGUUAAGAUUUUCUUAAUAUGACUAGUGAGUAUGGUGUAAUCCCUUCGUGUGUUUGUUUGUAGUUGGAGAUUAUGGAGACCUUAUUUAGUUUAUCUAUGAGUUUUUAAGUAACCAGUACUUUGUAUGUGAUUCAUAAUGACUUUCUUGUUGAAUCUUAUGCUGUGCAAACAUAUAGCUACACAAUAUAUUUAAAAAACAAGAUUUGACACUACUUCUUUAAAUGUAAAAAAGUAUCAUUUUUGUCGUCAAACUAAAAACACC